AUGUGUCCCCAGGCCAAAGAUGAGAGGAACUACCAUAUCUUCUAUGAGAUGCUGUCAGGUCUUCCCCCCCAACAGAGACAGGCCUUCUACCUGCAGGACGCUGAAACUUACUAUUACCUUAACCAGGGAGGGGAUUGUGGGAUAGCAGGAAAGAGUGACAGGGAGGACUUCCUGCGUCUGCUGGCUGCCAUGGAGAUCCUUCACUUCACCCCUGACGACCAGGCGUCCAUCUUUAGAGUCCUGUCUUCUAUUCUACACCUGGGGAAUGUCUACUUCCAAAGAUACGAGGCUGAUGGCCAGGAGGUGGCGUCUGUGGUCAGUGCUCAGGAGAUCAGAGUUGUAGCUGAACUGCUCCAGAUAUCCCCUGAGGGACUACAGAAGGCCAUUACACACAAAGUCACGGAGACCAUGAGGGAGAAGAUCUACACCCCUCUGACUGUAGAGAGUGCUGUAGACGCCAGAGAUGCUGUUGCCAAAAUCCUGUACUCUCUGUUGUUCCGCUGGCUGACUGAGAGGAUUAAUGGACAGGUCUACCCUCGACACCACGCUCUGUCAAUAUCUAUACUGGAUAUAUAUGGCUUUGAGGACCUGUCCUUCAACAGCUUUGAGCAGCUCUGUAUUAACUAUGCUAAUGAGUACCUGCAGUUCUUCUUCAAUAGGAUCGUCUUCAGAGAGGAACAGGAGGAGUACAGCAGGGAACAGAUCCCGUGGCAGGACAUCCUGUUCAGCGACAACCAGGCCUGCAUCGACCUCAUCUCCUCUAAGCCCCACGGUAUACUGAGGAUCCUGGACGACCAGAGCUGCUUCCCCCAGGCGACAGACCACACCUUCCUCCAGAAGUGUCAUUAUCACCAUGGUAACAACCAGAUCUACCUGAAGCCAAAGAUGCCCCUCCCAGAAUUCACCAUCAAACACUUCGCUGGCCCGGUCACCUACCAGGUUCACAAGUUUCUGGAUAAGAACUACGACCAGGUUGGACAGGAGGUUCUGGAUCUGUUCAGCCACAGCAAGAACAAGAUGGUGGCCAACCUCUUCCUGGUUCACGCGGAGGUCGUAGGUCAGCAUAGAGGUCACGUGAGGAAGAGCAGCACGGUGACCCGGAGACACCAGCCCCCCACCGUCUCCACCAAGUUCACCCUAUCACUACUGGAGCUGGUAGACAAGAUGCAGAGGUGCAACUCCUCGUUUAUACGCUGCAUUAAGCCAAACAGUCAGAAGGAGCCAGGUGUGUUUGAGACGGAGCUAGUCAGCAGGCAGCUGAGGUAUUCUGGUAUCCUGGAGACCAUCAGGAUCCGGAGAGAGGGAUACCCUGUUAGACUGGUCUUCAACGUCUUCCUGUUCAGGUUUAAGUCUCUGGUGGGGUUGAAGCAGCCUCCAGCUCCUGAUGGGGAGAACUGUGUCAUCAUGCUCAGCAAACUGGUUCCCCUCCGACCCGGGGCCUACCAACUGUUUCUGAAGGAGGAUGUGUACCAGUUGUUGGAGUCUAAGAGAGAGCGUGUCCGUCAGGUGGCGGCCCUCACCCUGCAGAGAUACACACGCAUGUUCUUCGUCAGGAAACGAUACAAGGAGUUCAGAACCAAGAUCAUCAGACUACAGGCCCAUUGUAGAGGCUUCCUCACUAGGUACUGA